GCCCUUCAGUCUCUACAGUUCAGCAUCAGAAUACUCUCUUUAGACUUUGACAUGGGGUCUUCCAAGAAGGUUACUCUCUCAGUGCUCAGCCGGGAGCAGUCAGAAGGAGUUGGAGCAAGGGUCCGCAGAAGCAUUGGCAGACCCGAGUUAAAAAACCUGGAUCCAUUUUUACUGUUUGAUGAAUUUAAAGGAGGUAGACCAGGUGGAUUUCCUGAUCAUCCACAUCGAGGUUUUGAAACCGUAUCUUACCUCCUGGAAGGCGGCAGCAUGGCCCAUGAAGACUUCUGUGGACAUGUUGGUAAAAUGAACCCAGGAGACUUGCAGUGGAUGACCGCAGGCCGGGGCAUUCUGCACGCUGAGAUGCCUUGCUCUGAGGAGCCAGCCCAUGGCCUGCAACUGUGGGUUAAUUUGAGAAGCUCAGAGAAGAUGGUGGAACCUCAGUACCAGGAACUGAAAAGUGAAGAAAUCCCUAAACCCAGUAAGGAUGGUGUGACAAUUGCUGUCAUUUCUGGAGAAGCCCUGGGAAUAAAGUCCAAGGUUUACACUCGCACACCAACCUUAUAUUUGGACUUCAAACUGGACCAAGGAGCAAAACAUUCCCAGCCUAUUCCUAAAGGGUGGACAAGCUUCAUUUAUACCAUAUCUGGAGAUGUGUAUAUUGGGCCUGAUGAUGCACAACAAAAAAUAGAACCUCAUCACACAGCAGUACUUGGGGAAGGGGACAGUGUCCAGGUGGAGAACAAGGAUCCCAAAAGAAGCCACUUUGUCUUAAUUGCUGGGGAGCCAUUAAGAGAACCAGUUGUCCAACAUGGUCCAUUUGUGAUGAACACCAAUGAAGAGAUUUCUCAGGCCAUUCUUGAUUUCAGAAAUGCAAAAAAUGGGUUUGAAAAAGCCAGAACCUGGAAAUCAAAGAUUGGAAACCAGUGAAGAGCACAAGAGCAGGUCUUGAUGCGUCCUGGAAUGUUGCCGUUUGUGGCAUCCGGCCAUUCAGGGCACUCCCAUUCAGGGCACUCCGUUUCUUAAGCAAACUUCGCCAGUGCUUCUAAAGAAUUCCACACUAUAGUGGUAAUAUGGUUUUUGUAGCAAUGCACAUAGGCUAUUUCCUGGCACAUGCAAAUAAACCUAAUCAUUGCUUCUUU